AUGUGGUCCUUCGGCACGACGAUGACUAUCGCGAAUGACGAUCAGGAGCGACAGCGUUCUACAAUUUCCGCCACACCCCCUGCCGCAGCAGCUCAGCAAGUCGUUGCGCCGGCUGACCUCACACCCCCAGCCAGCACACGACCAGAUACACGGUCCCCCAUACUCUCGCAGCGAUCUUUGAGUCAGCUGGGGAUAUUUUUCGCUGGUGCAGGCUUCUUGGCUCUCUCAACCGCCAUCACUCGACGUGCCAUAGCAAGAAAACACAUCUCUGGUAUACCGUUAUUCUACGAACAGAGCAACAACCCAGUCAGUAAAAUCACAGGUGAUGGUGGCUUCGUAGCGGUGGAGGCGCUCGGGCUGGCCACACUCAACACAAUGUCCUUUGGUAUUAUGGCGACAGGCGGGGUCUCCUGGGCCUUCGAUAUCUCGAGUGUGGGCGAGUUACGGGCAGCAGCGCAGAAACACACAAGGGCAAAUCUUGGCGAGGCGGAUGAGGCUGCCGAGCAAGAGAUCGCCAAGUACUUUUCCGAUCUCUUGGAGGGGAAGGACCAGAAAGAAGGCAAACCGUCCUUGACCGAGGCAUUCAGCAAGUUGUUGAAACAGCCAGAAACGAAGGUGGAUCAGCAGCCAGAACCUGGAUCUGACGCUUCUAAAGACAGCUGA